UCACCUUCCCCUCUCCUCCCUGUGGACAGACCAGCAGAAGAAUUCCCUGGAUCGCAAUACAUCCAUAUUUUCCCACUUCUACCACUGUCCUUCAUCAUGGGUAGCUGGAUUAUUCACCAAGAACUAUAUCGUCCUAGAGCAGGACUUUGGACAGGUGUCCUAGGGUGUUAGGACUUCCAGGUGGAAACUUAAUAUUCAUGACUGAUCAAAGACAGAAGACAAACUAUGGUUCAUAUUGCUUCAUGAGACCUUGAAUGAUGAACUCUGAAGUGCCUUGCCCAAUGGAAUGCCAGCAGGGCCAAUGAAAUGUACAUCAAGGAAUUCAGAACCCUCUUUUUUAAGUUGCUUUUGACAGCAUACUUCUCUUGUGAUCGCCCUUCGGUACCUCUAUCCCUCCAUCUUUUUUCAGUUCUUCUUCUCUUCAUCUCUCCAGCGACUUCAGUUUGGACUAGUGGUGCACUUUUAAGCUAAAGUGUCUACUUCCUGUCUCUCGUCCUCCCUGACUUCCUGUUUUCUCUUAUUGGCUCACCCACCUGACCUCCACCAUUCGGCCCUCUCUAGCAACCGUUGUCCUCCGCCCCUGCCCCCGAUCAUCCUCCCCCUCACCCUCUCACUCCUCUGCCCCUUCCUCCCCCCGCCACCACCAUCAUCAUCAUCACCACCGCCAUCCUCACCCCCAGCCCCACCACCAUCACCACCACCACCAAUCCUCUCCUCCCUUCUCCGGCCACUCUUCUGAGGGAGCCAUGGCGAUGGCUGCCACUGCCUCCUCCUCUCCCCCGCCUUCAUCGCCUGGCAACAGCAGCGCCCGGGAGCACCUGCUGGCGGUGCGUCGGCGCACCCCGCACAUCCGACCGUACACCAUUGGUCCGGACAACCUCCAGGGUCUGUCUUCGACGGGCGCAGUCGAAGAAUCUGCGUCCUCCUCCCCCUCCGAUAUUUCCCCAGGGAGCCAAUCAGAAACGCCGACGGUGGGGCUCCAGCGGGCCAAUAGCGACACAGACCUGGUGACAUCAGACAGCCGCUCAUCGCUCACGGCGUCAACGUACCAGCUGACUCUAGGCCACACCCACAUGGUGAUCUCCUGGGACAUCAAGGAGGAAGUGGACGCCACCGACUGGAUCGGCCUGUACCACAUCGAUGAGACGUGCGUGGCCAAUGUUUGGGACUCAAAAAAUCGUGGAGUGAACGGAACCCAGAGAGGACAGAUAGUGUGGAGACUGGAGACGGAACCCAACUUCACGGAGACGGAGACUAAGAUCUGCUUUAAGUACUAUCAUGGUGUAAGUGGAGCGUUAAGAGCAACAACACCUUGCAUCACUGUCAAGAACCCUGGAGUGCCGGUGGGAGGUGAAGGCCAAGUGGAGGACCAAUCAGGCGUUGAGCACUGUCGGAAACUAGUCAGCUUCACCCUAUCAGACAUCCGGGCGGUGGGUCUGAAGAAGGGCAUGUUCUUCAACCCCGACCCCUACCUGAAGAUGUCCAUCCAGCCUGGGAAGAGGAGCGGCCUCCCCAAGUUCACCCACCACGGCCAGGAGAGACGCUCCUCCAUCAUCGCCAACACCACCAACCCUGAGUGGCACGUAGAGAAGUACACCUUUGUGGCGCUGAUGACGGACGUGUUGGAGAUCGAGGUGAAGGAUAAGUUUGCCAAAAGCCGGCCAAUCAUCAAGCGCUUUCUGGGUCAGCUGAUCCUCCCUGUGCAGAGACUUCUGGAGGGGCCGGCAUUGGAUGAUCAGGCAGUCAGCUACAGCCUGUGUCGGCGUCUACCUACGGACCAUGUGAGCGGGCAGCUCGUGUUCAGAGUGGACAUCACCUCUAUUGGACAUGAAGAAGCCUCUCCUGACAUAGUGGGGACCCUCCUAGGCGGCGCAGUUAACGGGGACCCUGGGAGUCCCUCAGACGACGAAGACUUCCCCCACCUGUCCUCCUCCCCACGCGUAUACAGACCUUCUCCCACCGGCCCCGAUGAGGACUCCCUGUUAGUCAAUGGCGCUUAUUGCUAUGGCGAUGACAGCGUGUGGCGGGACCCUGGGCAGAUGGGAGAGGAGGAUCUGCUCGCCCUGGCAGCGGGAGGUCACACCCACCGGCAGGUGUCGCUCAACGACUACCUGGACGCCAUCGAGGCCCCCACGAGUCCAGGGGAGCGGCCCCCAGCGGGGCCUUCGCCCAAACUGCGCUCCAGCUUUCCCACGGACACGCGGCUCAACGCCAUGCUGCACAUAGACUCAGACGAGGAUGAGGAGGCAGGGCAGCAGGAGGCGAGGACGCUGCAGAACACAGACUCAUCAAAGACAUCCUCUGAGUCUCAGGAGAACCAGAGUCCAAACGCAGAGACCCUCACUGGAGCUGCAGAGGGGGCCGUCCAAACUGAGGCCGGAGCAACAGCUGCUGGACCGUCAGCUGCAGACAGUUCCUCAGCUCCCAGCUCAUCUCAGGCAGCAGGGGCGGAGGCAGCAGCAGCAGCAGGGCCGGGGGGGGCUCUGGGGGAGUGUACCUGUCAGGAGCAGAGCAGCAGGAUGGGUGAUCUGCCCUGCACCCCCUCACUUGGUCCACUUUCCCCCAUUCAGGAGGUGGUGGACACAAGGAACGAAGUGGCUCCAAAGGCGGAGGAGGAGGGGGAGUCAUCGAGCAGCGAGGCCAACGCUCCGGUAGCAGCUGCUCCUGCAAACCGCAGCACAGCUGACCAGGCAGGAGCGACAUCAGAAGUUGGAGCGAGGGCCAGUAGCAGGAGCAGCCGGGAGCAGCAGGAGGAGGAGGAGGUGUGGACGAGGAGGCAGUCCCUGCAGGCCUGUGCAGGCCCGGUCCAAACCCAGGAAGUGGGGGUGGAGGGGGAGACGGGUGCCACAGCUCAGGUCAAUGGCCACCAGUCUGUUCGCUCUCUGCCAUCUGUGCGCCAUGACAUCAGUCGUUACCAGAGAGUGGACGAGCCACUACCACCUAACUGGGAGGCUCGUAUCGACAGCCACGGUCGGAUCUUCUACGUGGACCACGUGAACAGAACCACCACAUGGCAGCGUCCCACCGCUCCGCCCCCCCCACAGACCCUCCAGAGGUCCAGCUCCAUACAGCAGAUGGAGCAGCUCAACCGCAGGUAUCAGAGUAUACGCAGGACAAUAACCAAUGACGGCAGACCAGAGGAACCGCCAGCCAAUGAGCUGCCUCCAGAUGAGACCGACAUGCAGCCGUCCAUCCCAGAACUCCGCAGGGACAGCGUUGUGGCUCAGUCCAGCUCCAGGUCCCGCCUCAGCCUGCUGCUCCAGUCCCCCAGCGCCAAGUUCCUCACCAGCCCCGACUUCUUCACUGUGCUUCAUUCCAACCCUAGUGCCUACCGUAUGUUCACCACCAACACGUGUCUGAAGCACAUGAUCAGUAAGGUGCGGAGGGAUGCUCACCACUUUGAGCGCUACCAGCACAACAGAGACCUGGUGGCCUUCCUCAACAUGAUGGCCAACAAACAGCUGGAGCUGCCCCGAGGCUGGGAGAUGAAGCACGACCACACCGGCAAGCCUUUCUUUGUGGAUCAUAACUGCCGCGCCACCAGCUUCAUCGACCCCCGGCUGCCCCUGCAGAGCACCCGACCCCCCAGCGUCCUGGCUCACCGCCAACACCUGACCCGCCAACGCAGCCACAGCGCCGGGGAGGUCAGCCCCCGGCGACUGGUUGGUGAAGACCCUCGUCACGCCGGCCCCCCGGUCCUGCCGCGACCUUCAAGCACCUUCAGCUCCACCAACAGGGGGCAGAGUCAGGACGUGGUGCCAGUGGCUUACAACGACAAAAUUGUGGCGUUUCUUCGACAACCAAACAUCUUCGAGAUUUUACAGGAGAGACAACCUGAGUUCAACCGGAACCAUUCACUCAGGGAGAAGGUGCAGCUGAUCCGCACUGACGGAGGCUCAGGAUUGGCCCGGCUGUCAGGUGACGCUGACCUUGUCAUGCUGUUAAGUCUGUUUGAAGAUGAAGUGAUGUGCUACGUACCGCCUCACGCCUUACUGCACCCGAGCUACUGCCAGGCCCCCCGGGGGUCUCCCGUCUCCUCCCCGCAGAACUCUCCUGGGACUCAGAGAGCCAAUGCCAGAGCCCCAGCCCCGUACAAGAGAGACUUUGAGGCCAAACUGCGCAACUUCUACAGGAAACUGGAAACCAAAGGCUACGGUCAGGGACCAGGGAAGCUCAAGUUGAUCAUCCGCCGGGACCACCUGCUGGAGGAUGCCUUCAAUCAGAUCAUGUGCUACUCCCGGAAAGACCUGCAGCGCAGCAAGCUCUACGUCAGCUUUGUGGGGGAGGAGGGGUUGGACUACAGCGGGCCUUCCAGAGAGUUCUUCUUCCUGGUUUCCAGGGAGCUGUUCAACCCUUAUUAUGGUCUGUUUGAGUACUCGGCCAAUGACACCUACACCGUGCAGAUCAGCCCCAUGUCCGCCUUCGUAGACAAUCACCACGAAUGGUUCCGGUUCAGUGGUCGUAUUCUGGGCUUGGCUCUGAUCCAUCAGUACCUGCUGGACGCCUUCUUCACCAGACCCUUCUACAAAGGCCUACUGCGCAUCCCCUGUGAGCUGAGUGACCUGGAGUACCUGGACGAGGAGUUCCAUCAGUCCCUGCAGUGGAUGAAGGACAACGACAUCGAGGACAUGCUGGACCUCACCUUCACCGUCAAUGAGGAGGUCUUCGGACAGAUCACAGAGAGGGAGCUGAGGCCCGGAGGAGCAGACAUCCCAGUGUCGGAGAAGAACAAAAAGGAAUACAUCGAGCGGAUGGUGAAGUGGAGGAUAGAGAGAGGGGUGGUGCAGCAGACCGACAGCCUGGUCAGAGGCUUCUACGAGGUGGUGGACUCCAGGCUGGUGUCAGUGUUCGAUGCCAGGGAGCUGGAGCUGGUGAUCGCCGGCACAGCGGAGAUCGAUUUAUCAGACUGGAGGAGCAACACGGAGUACAGAGGAGGUUACCAUGACAACCAUAUUGUGAUCCGGUGGUUCUGGGCAGCGGUGGAGAGGUUCAAUAAUGAACAGAGACUACGGCUCCUGCAGUUUGUGACGGGGACGUCCAGUAUUCCUUACGAGGGCUUCGCCGCCCUGCGAGGCAGCAACGGGCCCCGCAGGUUCUGUGUGGAGAAGUGGGGGAAGGUCAGCGCACUGCCCAGAGCUCACACCUGCUUCAACCGCCUGGACCUGCCCCCCUACCCCUCCUUCUCCAUGCUGUACGAGAAGAUGCUGACGGCCGUGGAGGAGACCAGCACCUUCGGACUGGAAUGAGACCCUGGUGCGACCAAGAACCCCCUCCCAAGGCCUGCUGCUGGUAGAGAAGAAGAAGCUGGAUUAAAGCCCCUUUCCUGUCACGACGGGCUAUAUUUGAUAAAGCUGCACUCGAAGGACCUUUUUGUUGCACGUAUUUAACUUAGUGACACACCUGUGUGAUGUGAGGAAUGAAGAAUCACUGCCUUUGGGACCAGAACUUUUACUUUCAGGGUUCUACCAAUCGGAGCCCGACCUGGGGGGUUUGUUUGUAUCACUUUAGGAAGAAGAAGCGAACACUGCCUUCACUGCUAGAGCUGCAGCCUCUGGUGGUCUCGGGGGUCCGACCCUGUGGCCCGUUCACUCUGCACUCCCCUUUCUCGUAUGGCUUUUGGUAAUCUUUGAGCGAUUUCCCUGAGAGGCUCUUCUGCUCCCUUUCCAGUGCAGGAAUGGAAUUGUUACAGUUUUUUCAUCGACAAGAAGAAAUGAGAUUUUCUAAUGUUCUGUGAUUUGAAUGUAACUCACUUUAUGAGGUAGUGUUGUUUGUGAUUUUGUACCAGAUUCAAAAAAAGGGUUAACACUUAUUUGCAAUGUUUUAAAUGACCUAGUAGGUAAGCAUAUCCAUUUACUCUGAUUUGUUAUAUAACUGAAAGAUAUAUUAAAAAUGAUCAUGGUGUGUUUUUAAAGAGGACACUCCCAAACAGGAUUUUUUAUUUAGUCUGUAGAACACUGGGACUUCUCUGCAGCGCCACAAGACCCUAUUCCGGAUAAAAUCAUUAUCAUUUUUUAUACAUUUCAAUUAAUUGUGCAGUUGAUAAUUGCAUUAUUUUAUUUGUAAUCUCCCCAUGAUUAAAGAUCUGCUUCUGCCCCACACAACCAGAUCAGAGCAAAAGAUAGUUAUUCUAGAGGGAGGUGUCAAAAACAACUAGGUCAUCUGAUUUCAACAUGGGAAUGUUUUCAUAGGAAAUGACCCUGAUAUUUAAUAGAAGGAGCUAUGAUCCAGCUUGGGACCUUUGUUCACACUUGAAUGUACAAACUAAUAUUAUAUCCAUUCACAUUAUGAACAUAGUUAUAUAUUUCCCUCAGUUUGUCUUACCAGAAUGUACCAAAGUGUCGAGCCUCACAGCAUCUCUUCUGUAAAGCCACCUCACUUUAAUAUGAAUGUUUGUCAGCACUAUCCUCCUCAAAUAAAAGGUCAUCACUCCA